CAGUCGUACCAGGGUCGUCAGAGGGGUCGGACCGCAAUCUAGUCAUUGUAUUUUUUAAUAUAUUUUAAUACCGUAAUCAAAAGGUCAUCAUGAAAGUGUUCAUCGUGUUGGCAGCCGUCGCUGCCCUUGCGAGUGCACAAUUCAAAUGUCCGAACAAAGAUGGUCAAUAUGAAGACGAAAGACAGUGCGACAAGUUCUACGAGUGUGUAGAUGGUGUCGCCACCACCAAGCUUUGCCCCGACGGUCUUGUGUUCGACCCUACCAUUAGGAAGAUCAACAAGUGCGACCAACCCUUCAAUGUAGACUGCGGUGACAGGACUGAACUUCAACCUGCAAAGGCUAACCACCUGUGCCCACGCCGUAACGGUUUCUUCGCUCACCCCGAACCCUCCGUCUGUAACAUCUUCUACAAUUGUAUCGAGGGUGAAGCAAUCGAGGUCAAGUGUACAGCUGGACUCCACUUCGACGAGUACUCCGGAACCUGCGUGUGGCCUGACUCCAUCGGCAGACAAGGGUGUGCCGCCCAGGACAAAAAGACCAAGGACGGUUUCGAAUGUCCCAAAGACCCGCCAACCGAUCCUCAAGGUCAAGCUAUCGCUCACCCCAAAUACCCCCACCCCAAUGACUGCCAACGCUUCUACGUAUGUUUGAACGGCGUUGAACCCCGUGACCUCGGUUGCCAAGUCGGAGAGGUGUACAAUGAGGAGUCCCAGAAAUGUGACGCUCCUGAAAACGUACGCGGAUGUGAGGACUGGUACAAGGACGCUGAAGAAGCCGCGCCCGCUCCCAAAUCGAGGUCCUAAGCUAGUGAUACGUUAUGUAUAGUUACACCUAAGACUUGAUAAGUUAAUAUACUUUAAGAUUUAAAAAUAAA